AUGGCUUCCAACCCGUCUCAGUCUUGCUGCUAUCAAGGUUUCAAGCAUCAUGGAAAGCCAACGGGCAUCCUAACAACCCUAGACGGAUUCGAAGUCUAUACCAGUUACCCUCCUGCCAAGUCAGCAGAGUAUGGGAUCCUGAUACUCACAGACAUUAUUGGCCACAGGCUCACGAAUGCUCAACUCGUCGCUGACCAAUUUGCGGCGAAUGGAUUUCUAGUGAUGAUGCCAGAUAUUUUUCACGGUGACCCUGUGCCGCUGAACAAAACAGGCGAAUUCAAUAUGCAGAAAUGGAGAAUGGGAGAAUACCAUCCUCAAGGCAAAGCUCAUCUAACCAUGAAUGUUGAUCCUAUUGUUGAGGCUUGUAUCAGAGAGAUGCAUGAAAACCUCAACUGUAAGAAAAUUGGAGCUGCAGGUUACUGUUUUGGUGGCAAAUAUGUCGUUCGACAUUUAUUUCCUGGAAAGAUUGACGUUGGGUACACUGCGCACCCAUCACAUAUUGAAGAAGAUGAAAUAAGAAAGAUAAAGGGUCCGCUGGCAAUUGCUGCUGCUGAAAUUGAUGCAAUAUUCCCCGCAAAAAAGCGUCAUGAGACGGAGACUAUCUUGAAAGAAUUGAGCAUACCUUGGCAAAUAAAUCUAUACAGCGGCGUCAAGCAUGGCUUUGCCGUGCGAGGCGAUCAGGAGGACCCUGUGGUGAAAUAUGCCAAGGGGAGCGCCUUUAUACAGGCACUUGAGUGGUUCAAGGAGCACCUCAGUAUUUAA